CUGCCUGCUAACUUUAUUCCACAGGUUUACCUGCUUCGCGAUAAGGGAAACCCAGUGACGAAAAAUUCAACCAUGGUUCCAUCGUUGUUCCACCCGCGGACGCAGCUGCAGGUCUGCGCCUCCACCAUAUUUUAACACAAGCUUUGAGAUAUAAAUUGACAGCCAACGAACAGGCUGCAAACUCAAAGUUUUCAAAUAUUCAUUUUGAGAAGUGGUUGAUGCAAGCGAAUCCUUCUUGGCAGCAAGGAGGUUAUCAACGUUUUCCAUCGUUACCGGUUCUAUCAUCCGCUACAUAACCCAUCAUGGUUCACGACAAAAAGACAGCGAGAAGAAGCAGAUCAAGAGAACGAGAGAGGGAGAGAGAGCGAGAUCGAGAACGGCGUGAAACUAGAGAGCGUCGACGCUCCAGGAGCAGAUCUAAAGAUCGCAAGAAAGACAGGAAGCGAUCAAAGUCUCCAGAGCGUUCGCGAGAGCAAGAUAGAUCUAGGGAAAGAGACCGAGAGCGGUCAAGAGAACGUGAGAGAUCCAAAGAAAGGGAUAAGUCUCGAGAGCGCAGAGAUACCAAGGAUAGAGGCAAAGAUGAUAAGAAACGGAAGCCCAGCCCCAUAUUCUCUUUAGAAGAUGAAGCUAAGAAAGAAACUAAAAGCGAGGUAAAACCAGAAGAUGAAGAAACAAAUGUGAAACCAAAAGCUAUGGCUAAAACUGAGCCGCUUAGUUUAGAAGAACUACUUGCAAAAAAAAAAGCGGCGGAAGAAGCAAGGGCUAAACCUAAGUUCCUAAGCAAAGAGGAACGAGCUGCCUUGGCUCUAUCAAAAAGACAAGAAGAAGUUAGUUCUAUGAGAAAAAAGCUGGAGGAAGAGAGAAAAAAUGCAUUCAAAGGUGACAGCUCCGGCUCAAGCAAGGACAAAGACCGUGAAUGGGAUGACCGUGACAAGCGCAGAGAGCAGCCACGCUCGAGAGACGAUGAAGUCAAAGACAAGGACAAAGAAAAGGAAGUGGAGGCAAUAAAAGAACGUUAUCUGGGUUUGAUAAAAAAAAAGCGAAGAGUUCGGAGGUUGAAUGAUCGGAAGUUCGUUUUUGAUUGGGACAUUUCAGAAGAUACCUCCGUGGAUUACAAUAAUAUUUAUAAAGAACGUCACCAGGUGCAAUUCUUUGGUAGAGGUAACCUCGCCGGAAUAGAUAUUAAGGCACAAAAGCGUGAUCAAAGUAAAUUCUAUGGGGAAUUGUUGGAAAAGAGACGUACCGAUGCUGAAAAGGAACAGGAAAAAAUGCGGUUAAAGAAGGUCAAAAAGAAGGAAGAGAAGCAGAAGUGGGACGAUCGUCACUGGUCUGAGAAAUCUAUCGAGGAAAUGACUGAGAGAGAUUGGCGAAUAUUUCGAGAGGACUACAACAUCACGAUAAAAGGUGGACGUAUUCCGGACCCCAUCAGAUCCUGGAAAGAAUCUGGUUUCCCAAAAGAAAUUUUAGAUAUUAUCGACAAAGUUGGUUACAAAGAUCUCACACCCAUUCAGAGACAGGCCAUUCCUAUUGGACUGCAGAAUAGAGACAUAAUUGGCGUAGCUGAAACUGGUUCUGGUAAGACUUUGGCAUUCCUAAUUCCAUUAUUACUUUGGAUUACGAGCCUUCCUAAAAUCGAAAGACUCGAAGAGGCUGAUCAAGGACCUUACAGCAUAAUUCUCGCCCCGACUCGUGAGUUGGCUCAGCAGAUUGAAGAAGAAACCAAUAAGUUUGGCCAACCGCUUGGUAUCAGGACUGUCGUUGUUGUGGGUGGUCUGUCGAGGGAAGAACAGGGUUUCAGAUUGCGAAUGGGCUGUGAGAUAGUCAUCGCUACUCCUGGUCGAUUGAUAGACGUACUCGAAAAUCGGUAUCUUGUUUUAAAUCAAUGUACGUACAUUGUCCUUGACGAAGCUGACAGAAUGAUUGACAUGGGAUUUGAGCCAGAUGUUCAAAAAAUUCUGGAGUACAUGCCGGUCACAAAUCUGAAACCAGAUAAUGAAGAUGCUGAGAACGAAGAAAAACUAUUAGCCAAUUAUAACACAAAAAAGAAGUACAGACAAACCGUGAUGUUCACCGCUACAAUGCCAGCGGCUGUGGAACGUUUAGCCAGGACAUAUCUCAGGCGACCUGCAGUCGUCUACAUCGGAAGCGUAGGAAAACCAACCGAGAGAACGGAGCAAAUAGUGCAUAUUAUGGGAGAGGCAGACAAGAGAAGAAAGUUAAUGGAAAUACUGAGUCGUGGGGUUGAACCACCCGUCAUUAUAUUUGUCAACCAGAAGAAAGGGGCCGACGUUUUGGCGAGGGGGCUCGAAAAACUUGGGUACAAUGCGUGUACUCUACAUGGUGGUAAAGGACAGGAGCAACGAGAAUACGCUCUGGCCUCACUCAAAGGAGGCAGCAAAGAUAUCCUGGUUGCCACUGACGUUGCCGGUCGUGGUAUCGACAUUAAAGAUGUGUCUAUGGUCAUUAAUUACGACAUGGCAAAGACCAUCGAAGAUUACACGCAUCGUAUCGGUAGAACCGGACGUGCAGGAAAAGCCGGUCUCGCAAUAUCAUUCUGUACCAAAGAUGACAGCCACCUUUUCUACGAUCUGAAACAAACCAUCCUUGGCAGUCCAAUUUCAACCUGCCCACCAGAACUUAUCAAUCAUCCUGACGCUCAGCAUAAGCCUGGCACAGUGGUGACCAAGAAAAGACGGGAGGAGAAGAUAUUUGCUUAGGCAAUUACCUUGUUUCUUCAAUUUCAUCGCUUCGAUUCAAUAAUAAAUUUUCUAUGCUUA